AUGGAUUACACAUUAGCAACAUAUAAAUCUCCGCAAUAUGAAGAUCUUGCCUUCCAAAUUCUUCGUGACAGAUUGGUAGACACUGGCUACCCACAGGAACUAAAACAGUUUAAAUACGAGCCAUCAUUCCCUGUCCGUACUAAUUUUCUUAUUGUCACCUUUCAAUGCAUGUACUCAAAUAAGCUUAGAGAAAAAGCCAAUGAAAUGUACCCGAAUAUGUUCCUUAAGUUUGAUAAGGAUCGAAUACACGUCAUGUCAACACUGUUUGAUCUUCCGGAACUUUAUCUGCUGGCCUGCAUAAUUCAUUUUAUGCAUGACAAUGAUGAUUAUGUCAAGGAGUCAAGAGGCGUUAUGUAUCAGUCUCUUUAUAUAUCAUACAAGUCAAUUUUGCAGGACGUGGAGGAAGCUAUGAAAUGGAUGCACGAAGUGAGUGGCAAAAUGGUUUUAUUGAUGCACUUUAAUAGCCAAAAUCUCUAUAAAUAUUACGUACCUUUGCGUCGUUUUUGGGAUGCCGCAGUUGAUCUCUCCAUUGCACAAGCUAAACGGAUCCUUCUUCUACAGGGGAAUGUUCGCCAUUGGACAACCUAUUUCGACUACAUUGUUGUCGAUGCCAAAAAACCGGUAUUUUUUCAAGAAGGAACUCUUAUGCGCGCAGUUGACGUGGUGAGUAAGGAAGGCAAUCUCAUCCGCGCCAAAGGCAAGGACGUGCUGUACAUCGGUGACCACAUCUUUGGCGACAUCCUCAAGUCGAAGCGACAAGUUGGCUGGAAGACCUUCCUUGUGGUGCCGGAGCUGCUCAAUGAGAUUUACGUCUGGAAGAAGAAGAACGCCCUCUUCGACCGUCUCACAGAACUUGACAAUGAGGUCAAAAUCGCAAGUGAAAUGAACGAAUCCUAUGGACUUCUAGGAAGUCUUUUCCGCCACGGAUCUCGUUUGACAACAUUCUCGUCGCAAACCAUGCAAUUUGCCGAUAUCUAUUCACACAGUUGCUUCAAUCUGAUCUAUUACCCGCUCUGCUAUAUGUUUCGGGCGCAUCCGAUGUUGAUGCCGCACGAGUCGACAGUUCCGCACGCAGAAACUGCUCUUGAAUCCUUCAAGGACUUGGAGGAUGUGCCUUGCGGUCUGCGAAGAAGAACGAAAACAGGUAGACCUCGGUAA